UCAAUAUCACAAGCACAGUCGUUGAUGAGCUUAUUCACUUCCCCAAAGAUAACUUCAAAACCAGAAUCGGGUAACAAUUCAACAGCACAGCACUCACCAAGGAUCAGUUGUGAUUCCACAAAAUUGUUACCAAUCGAAGUGAAAGUGGAAGAUGUCGUUCCUGAUUCGCCGAGUGUGUCGUAUUCUGAGCAACAGCCGUCCACCUCGUCAGCGAUGACCGUCUCUCAGUCGGGUGUUUCGUUGUCGGGCGUUGCUUCCCAAGCGACUCCAACGCCGCGUUCGUCGGUCGCCAUUGGUACCGAAUCGAAUGUGGAACGAGCCGCGAAACAAGAGGCACAAGUGCUGGCGCGAGUGGCAGAACUCCGUCGUCAAGGACUGUGGACAGCAUCAAGAUUGCCAAUGAUUGAUAUGCCGGCUAGGAAUAAGACUCACUGGGAUUAUCUGCUGGAGGAAAUGCGAUGGAUGGCUGCUGAUUUUCGACAGGAGAGAACUUUUAAACGACAUGCGGCCAAAAAGACUUUGAACCGACUCAUGUUAAUUGAGUCAUGGAGAAUACUGCGUGAUGCCGAAUAUACGCGAUUUUUUGUUUGUUCUCAAUGUGCUCGAUGA